AUGACGGGAUCACCACCCGAAACAAGCACUCACCGCCAUCGUUCCUCGGAUUACAGCCCGUCAGUGGUCACUGGAGGACACCAUUACGAGAGUGGUUCUGGCUUGCCACCGCCUUAUUCGGCUGUUCGUAGGGGACCACAUGAUGGAACGGCUUCACCGGCUACUGGACAACCCCCCUCACGAGGCGGAACUGUGGGGUCAAGCGCUGGAGCUCCAGUAACGGGAGCUUUAGCGCAGAUCCGUGAAGGGCAUGCUAUCGCAUCAACUGGUACCGCUACUCCACCUUCUGGCCGGGAUGAAGAGAUUAAGCCUCGAAGCUUGAGGUUUACAUGGAGUAUGAAAACUACCAGCAGUCUUGCUCCAGAUGAAAUGAUGAGAGAGAUUCGUAAAGUCCUCGACGCCAAUAAU